GCACCACACCGUUCACGUGUCAGAGAUUUUAAACAGUACCUACUCGUACUACGCCAUACUUGUACAUUCCACUGCUAUGCUCGCCGCCAAUUGCCAGGAUAGUAAACCCUGCCGCCCGACCACACAUCUCCAGGGAAACACCAGUGUACUGACGGACUGAGUGCCCACAAAAUACUGCAGCCUCGUCUUAUCACGCGAGGGGUGCCUCAAGGCUUCAAUCGGCAGGAAGUGGCAUAUCGGCGCGAGGCGUCCGUCGGCCAGAGAUCAGGCAGUGUAUCCAUCGAUUGCGCAACCUCGUCGACGAUAUACUCCAGUAUCGACAUGGCACCGCCAACACUAUCAUCAGCUUCAAAGGGGAACCCCCAACCACCGACAGCGCUGACUCUAGAGCCCUUAACACCGUCAGCCUUCUCCCCUUUCGGAACAGCCAUAUCUUCCCCCUUCCCCAGAUCCUUAAACAACGUCCCCACCAGCAUCCCUUCCACCCUUCACGCACCUCACCAAGCAGAGCCAGUAUUUGCCAACCAGAAUUCCGCGCUCAAGACGUCCCCGAUAUCUCAAUUCUCGAACAACUACCCAUCCAAACCAGACUACGCGCCAUCAAAGCCUCAAAUGAGCAUGUUCUCCUGCUUCCCUCGCAACAUUAGUGGCGCGGGCAUCGACCGGUCCACUCCAGGCAUAGCAACAUUCAGCGUCUCCAUCCUCGAGCGCCAUUGCUACACGACCCAGACAUUCAGUCCUCUGGGUCUCUCAGCAGACGACAAAACGACAGUAUUUCUCGUUAUCGUCGCACCCUCGCUUCCUGGCUCAGCGACGGCAACAACAUCCACAGGACAGGAGGUCACCAUCUCGAAUCCCCCAGACUUAUCACGUCUCAAGGCUUUCGUAGCUCGUGGCGAUCAGGCCGUCACGUACGGCCCAGGAACGUGGCACGCACCCAUGGUUGUCAUGGGCCAGCGGAGGGUGGACUUUGUCGUCACACAAUUUGCGAAUGGUAUCCCUGACGACGAUUGCCAGGAGGUGUUACUUGGGCAGAAUGCUGUGAAAGUAGAUCUGAGAUCUCUUCGGCUUGAUCUACCAAGUAUUCAAGGUAUGGCUAAGCUCUAACAUGAUACGGUCCUGUGUGAACCAUGCACCCAACGCUUCAGGGUAUUAAUACCAAGUACGCCGGCUACAAUCAUGCUCCAACAAGUGCCCCCAC